AUGGCGCCGGACGUCGUAAAGCCGCUCGUUCAGAGGCAUCAGACGCGACGCCGGCGGCACAUCAACAUCGAGCCGAUCAAGAUGCGCGUCGGCGCAUGUGGCAUUACCGUGAUCACGCUCCCGAUCGCCUUGGCGCCAAAGGAUGCGCGGACGCUGCACCUUCUUGACAAGCAGACCGAGACAUGCCUUGCGCCUCCGUAUGCGACCAUGCAGCCCGCGAUCGUGUCGGCGUCAACGUCCCUCCACACCGCGCUUCGAUGGAUGCCGCCUGGGAGGCGACUGUAG